UUCAUUGACGUAGAAGACAUCGACUCGUUCGGAGUCUGUGUUGAGGGCUACAGACCUAAUGAUGACACAGCUACAGUUUUACGAAAUUGGCACUCUACUGCCAUAGAGAAAAGGUUAUCCUCGUCCUUGUUGGCGUCACAUAGUGGUACAAUUUACGAACUGCGAGGCAGUAUUGACAGAGAACUUGCACAUCAAUAUGGGUAUCCUAUUGAACUCGUCACAAUUUUUUCCAACGGUUUUCCUGAAAACUGGAAGAAUGUUCUCAAGGAGUAUUUUCACGUUGUAAGAACAGCAAAUCCUUUGAAUGCAUCGCAUUACUUCAGCAUGCUUGCGCGACGUCGCUCCCUAAAUACUGUGCGUGGACAGAAUCAGAGCUGUUAUCGAGGGGAGCGGCUCUUUUCUAUUGCCUCCUCAGCUACCCUCCCCUCCGCCAUCCUUGAAGAAAGUGAACAUGAAAAAACGGAGAAUAACAUUACUGAUAGCGCCGACGAUACUGAAAUCGGUAGUCAGAAAGAACACCUUUGCAAGGAUUCUUCCAACGCAGCAUCGGUUGCUUCAUUCAAAGAACACGAAGACAAAGAACGAACAAGUGCCGAGGAUUCCAACAGUGUAAUG